GUGGGUGUAGGUCCCUCGUCAAAACAUCAUUAUAACAACUCUGUAUUUCCGAGUGUGACUUAUAAACCAGAGGCUGGGGGAAGAACAUUUGCUUCAUGACUUCCUGUCUUCAUGUUUUUUAUGUUCAGUGAGAACCACAGAGGUGAAAGAAAGUUUUCCACUAGUGUCUGAGUGAGACGGUUGACGAGACUGACGGAAAAAAGGCACAUGUCUGGAGAUCGCGUUAUCAAGGACUGAUUUACACAAAAACUCAAAAAGACGUGAAAUCAGAAAAACUUCCAAAGAUGAACACUUCCAACAACAUCUCAUGCGAUGCCGAGUUGACUGCUGAUUUCCAGUUCUACCUCUUCCCCAUCACCUACAUCCUCGUGAUGGUGUUCGGUCUGCUGGGGAAUCUGGGAGCCCUUUACAUCUUCAUCUUCAAAACAGAGCAUAAGUCCCCCUCGAGCAUUUACAUCAUCAGCCUCGCAGUGGCUGACACUAUUUUCCUGUGUGUCCUUCCCUUCCGCAUUCACUACCACCUCAAUGGCAACAACUGGACCUUCGGGAAUGUGGCGUGUCGUAUGACGGGUACGGUCUUCUUCGCCAAUGUCUACAUCAGCAUCGCCUUCAUGAGCUGCAUCUGCGUGGACCGCUACCUGGCCACCGCGCAUCCCCACAUGUACCUGCGUCUCCGUAACACACGCUGCGCUGGAGCCGUGUCCACCUUCAUCUGGGUGUUUGGAGGGGCAGCAAUUUUAGCCUUCAUGUUCACGUCUCCAGAUAGCCACACCACCAAUGGGCGGACAAGCUGCUUCGAGAAUUUUUCAGAGAGUGACUGGAAGACAAAUCUGGUUCUGUACAGCGCCUUAAGCCUGGUAUUUGGCGCCUUGUUUCCCUCAAUCAUCAUCCUGGUGCUCUACCCGGUGGUGGCGCGUCGGAUCGCGCAAAUCAAGACGCGAACAGCGCGCGGUGCCCUGAGGAUCAUCUACACCAUCCUGGCCAUCACAGUCCUCUGCUUCUUGCCCUACCACCUAGUGUACUUGCUGCACCUGCUGCUGCGAACUCAGGUCAUCCAUAACUGCUUGCUAGCUGAUGGUAUCUACAAAGCAAGGCGUGUUACCAUGGCGCUGGUCAGCAUGAACAGCCUACUCGACCCUGUGCUUUAUUACUUCGCCACCAGCCACUGCAAGUUGAACUGCAAAUGGAACUUCAAGCGGCUGAAGCCAAGGAAGAAAAGAGACGUCUAUGCCAUCUCAGAGAGGUUACAAGCUCAUUGAAGAAACAAACUCCAUUUAUCGAGAUUUCUAAGAAUAAACAAUGACAAAGAAAUGAACAGGAGAAGAUGAGGGGCAUCUAUGUGACAU